AUGGCAUCAGCGGACAGUGAGGUUAAAACUUUGCUGAAUUUUGUCAACCUGGCUUCCAGCGACAUCAAGGCAGCUCUGGACAAGUCUGCUCCUUGCAGACGCUCUGUGGAUCACAGGAAAUACUUGCAGAAACAACUCAAACGCUUUUCCCAGAAGUAUUCCAGGAUUCCCAGGUGCCAUCCCAGCCGCUUCGUGGAGUCGGGGUUGAAGAGGGUGUCUGAGGACAAGAGCCGUGGGUCGGACACAGACCAUGGGGACUCCAACACACCCCAGCCACAGCCUCCCUGCCUUAAAGCCUCUUGCCUUCUUGACCAGGAUCCCAGGGGCUCAUUGCCAGGCCAGCCCUCGGCUGCAGAGCAAGGCAAACAGCUGAGCAGACAAGACCAGGUCCCCAUGAGGAAACGCCAGCUCCCGGCUUCCUUCUGGGAAGAGCCGAGACCACCCAAGAACCUACAGCGCUCCUUGAGCGCCUUUCAGACUGCGGAGAAGGUGUACGGUCUGGCUGAAGGACCAUCAGGAGGUGGAGGGCACAGAAGCCAAGCCCAGGACCUGCCAGAGGCCGGGAAGCAGGUCAGGGCAGCCCAACUCCAACAGGACUCCAGCCAGAGAGAAGAACCCGUGAAGUUCCACUUGACUUCUCUGUCGCGGGCCAUGAACGUGUGCGGCUGCUGUCCAUUUCAGUACCAUGGCCAGCAAGUCUACCACAGCCACAGCCACUUGGCUCUGCCUCACUCCAGCUUUCAGGACCUUGGGCUGUGGAGGAAAGCUCUGGCCACGCCCGCACACGACCUCCACACUUACUCCAAAGACUCGCUGAAUGGACAGAAGGUUCACAAACCCAUCGUUUUCAAACCCAUCCCCACCAAACCCCCGCCUCUGUACAACGUCUAUAGUUUCCUUUGAUUGCGGUUGACUGUGCAAAGGUGAUUCACUGGACAGUUAGAGCAGAGAGAACUUUGUAAUUGCAACUAUAUAUAUAUAUCUGUAUAUAUAUAUGUGUGUGUGUAUAAUGCUGAAGAUAAAAUCAAUUUAUAUAGCCACUAAAAUACACGUACACACAAACAAACUAUCUUUGUGGCUAUUGGAUUAUUUAUUUUGUUGGUCUUUUCUGGGACCACCCAAACAAAAGAUGAAACCUUUCGAUGUCAGCGCGUUUAUAAUAAGAAGCAGAUUACUGUUUCACGUUGGCUGUGUGCAGUAAAUAGCAACACCCACUUGUCUUACGCUGGGCCAGAUGCGUCAAAUUGAAGGGAAUUGAUGAGUUAAAACAGCUGGAAACAGCCACACAAGCCGGGAAAUCAACCCCAGCUCUUCUGUUUUUGAUUAACAAAAAAAUAAGGUUGCAAAUAUGUUGGAGAGUAACUGCAGAAAGGUAUGGAGGCUGUUGGUUUAAAAGUUCAUCUGUAGGAACGUUUUUAGACCUUGAAAAGUCAUGCCUUUGGCGGGAUGGAAGUUGGAAUUAAAAAUCUAAGGAAUCGUUUCACUUUUUUGGUGGUUUAUUGUCAGCCGGUGUGUCUGUCUGCCAUUUGUGCGCCUUGCCGCCAACAUGGUUUCAAUGCAAUUUUAUUUGAAUAAAAAAAACAGGGUUCCCUCCUUCUCAUUGUAAAAGUCAGCACCUGAAAGAUUUUGUGUGGGUUUUAAACGAGUGACCCGAUCUCAUAAUAAUAUAAUAAUAAUCCUUA